AUGAUUUGCGUGCAUUAGUGUAUACUGUACAUAGAUACUUGGUUGUCAGGAUGGGAAUUUUUAGCCGGCAGAAGUCGAAUGUUUCUGUGGGUCCCCCGGGACACCAGCAGAAAGUAGAUGCCUUAGCUGCUUAUCUCAAAUACUCUCGAGGACGUGUUACCACGCUAGCUAAGCUGGAGCAAAAGACGACAAAGCACUUACUGGAUUUGAAUAAACGGGAAGAGACGGCCAAAGCCAAAGGAGACAAAGAAGUCGAACGACUUCAAGCUCUGGAAGAAAAAGCAGAGGCCAAACAGGACAAGCACGCGACCAAGAUUGCUCAGAUCGAGAAAGCCAAGCAGAAAAUUGUGGAUCAGGAGGCGAAUGUGCUCACUAAGCAGGAGAAUGUAGUAGCUAAAGCGGAAGAGAAGGCUAAAGCGGCAGAGGCCAAAGUAGCAGCAUCUGGGGCUACUGAAGGGAACUACAAGAAGAUUGAUACAUUGAGAGAUGCACAGGCUAAGGAAGAACGUUAUGUGACCGAACAAAAGGAAAUUCAUGCCAAUUUGCCUGAGAAGCAUCGCUUAGAUAUUCUGAAAUUGGACAUGGAAAAAGACGCGACCACAGCUCAAUUAGAGCAUGAUCUUAAAAAGUUGAAGCUAGCCAAAACACAGGCUAUGUACAACAGAGACUUCCUUAUACACUCUCUCCUAGCGGACAAGGCCAAAACCACGCACAAAAAGGCACAAGUCGAAGCUCGUUUGGCCGAAGAGCGGGACCGCUGUGAUUCACUCGAGAGAGAGUUCACACAGCUCAGUGAUGUCCCACCACCAGUUGCAGUGGCUCCAUACGAACCGGCAAAACAAGUUGAACCGGUGGAACAGCAACCCGAAACACACCAUGAGCCCGAACAUGAUGACGCCGGUAGCUUCAACGAUGACCUUGACGAUCACCACGAUACCGCACAUCACGAUGACGCUGCACAUCACGCAGAGCAUGAUGAACACCACGAUCACUACGACCACGCAGAGCACACGGACUACAAUGAACAUGAACACACGGACUACAAUGAACAUGAACACACGGAGACAGCUCUUCCGGAAGCACCUCAUAAUCCCUAG